AUGGUGUGUAGGAAUGAAACCAUUGAGAACUGGAAGAUUUUUCUCAAAGACUUGAAAGCUAUACUGGGUGAAGACUUGCAUUUCACCAUUAUAUCAGACAAGCAGAAGGGGAUUAGUGAAGCUUGUGACAAAUACUUCUGCUUGGAUGAGCACAGAUUAUGUUUCAGACAUUUGAUGAAGAAUUUAAAGAAGUAUUUCAAGUCAUACAGCUUACAUGUUCAUUUCUGGAAUGCUGCCAAAUGUUACAAGAAGAGACACUAUCAGCAACACAUGGAUAAAUUAUUUGCUGAGGAUGAAAAAGCUGCACUGUAUCUCAUAGAUCAAAAACCUGAAAGCUGGUCUAGGUCUCAUUUCUCAAAUGACAGCAAGUGUGAGCACAUCAACAAUAAUUUCUCAGAGUCUUUCAACAACAUGGCCAAGCCCUUUAGAGAUAAGCCAAUCAUUACACUUGCACAAAUGUAUAAUAAACUGGUGAUGGGUCUUUUCUUCAAGAGGAGGAAUGAAAGUGAAAACUGGCAGGAUGGUGAGAUAGUUCCAAAGGCAAUGAAGCUGAUUACAAAGAUGCAGGACUUAAAUCAUCUGUUUGAGUUAACUGGAGAUGUAAGGGGAAGGGUCUACUGUAACCCUGUAUACAGUGUGGAAUACUACAAAAAGACAUAUGAUCUAGAGUUUGAACCACUGUCAGCUGAAAUUGACUGGAAUAUACUGGUAGAGUUCAUUAAUCCUCCUGUUAUCAUAAGAAAAACUGGAAGUCCAAGAAAGAAGAGGAUUCCUUCUUAUGAUGAAGCUGGAAGUGUGAAGAAAAUGAGAAACUGUAAGAAGUGUGGAGUUUAUGGUCACUAUGCAAUAACUUGUGCUGGUGGAGAGGUUGGAAAGAAUCCAAAGGGAGAAAAACCUAGAACCUGUGUUGAUGGCUCAACAUCAUCUACUCAUGUCCCUGAACCACCAAAAAGGAAGUACAAUAGAAAGAAACCGGUUGUUAGUGAUUCUGCAGGUGCGUCUACUACUGCUAAGGAUGGAAUGAAGAACCAAAACAAUUCAGAAUCUUCUAAACAAGGUGCUGCAAAAGGGAGAAAGAGAAAGGCUUAUUCUCAACCUGCUUUCAAUCAGACUAAUCAACAUGUUGGAUCUGUCAACAACAAAGUCACCUUCACAGUUGCAGAUCCAAAGGGAAAGAAGAAACCAAAGAAGUACAUGAAAGUCUGA